AUUUUGGUACUCUAUUUUAAGCCCUUGUUAAAAAAACCCUUGGUAGUAAUUCCCACGCUAUCAAGUUUCGAGCGAUUUCAGUCAUUCUCUGUAUUGUUUCAUCUCGAUAAGCGCCCUUUUCUAUUUCUCUCCUAUGAAGAGAUAAAACAUGGAAACUGAAACCUACUUUCAAUUACCCAAAUCAAAGAAAAAAAAAGAAGAAAAUCAAAGCAAAUAGCUUUGAACUGAUGCUUCAAUCAAAAUGUUAAAGAAGAAUACAGAGAAAAAUCAACCAAAAUUAGGCUACACAGCUUCUGGGUUCGACCCUUUUGAAACCCAGAAUCAAACAAUUUCGGGUUUUGCGGGCAUAAAAGCAAAAAGGAUAAAAGCAUUUAAAUGUUGUCAAACCAAUUGGGUUUGAAGCUGAUUAUAUGGGUUAUUCUGGUGAAACAGCUAUGGUGGAAUGGGUAGUUGUGGUCUUCUUGUUCUUUAUAAGAAAACCGAUUUCUUACAUUUUGUUCGUGUCACUGCUAAUAAGACUUACGAGUUAAGACAUUCAAGCUUCUUACAUCGGCUAGAGCUUCAAAACUACCUGACAAGGAACCAGCUGCUCUCACUAAGAUGGAGAGCAGAGGUGAAAGGACAAAUACAACACUAGCUUUCAGAUUUUUAUGGUACCAAGGACGCAAAGAAGAAAAACAAAGCAAUGCUACUGUGUAUGAGACUGAUUUCACCAGAUCAUUGAGGAAUCAAAAAUUGGAAUUCCCUGAAUGGCUUAUCAUCCUUCAAGACUUCUCUUACAGAAGUUCGCUUGAGUUAUUUGCUGGGUUAUUGAUGUGUUGGAGGCAGAGUUUAGAGACAUUGCCAGCCUCCAGGGAUAUGAAGGCUUCCAUCAAGCUGAGGAGUAAGGACUUAUUAUUUUUUAAGAGGCGAAAUAGCGCGACAAUGGCUACCCUAACGGUUCCUCUCACGUUCCCAACAAAUGUGGAAUUAGAAUGUCCUCUAUCUAAAUCUGACCUAAAAUGCGGAAAUAAAUGAGAUGGUAAAUAGUGAUCAAAAUUCAAAAGGCAGCCCUUGGCCAAAAAGUAGCCUGAAUCUUGCCCGAAUUAGGAUCAUGGAGAAGCAUUUUCAAUUCAGUUAUUCUCUCUGACACACGGCCUCAAAACCAGAAGCCUAUAUUCUUAUUUUCUUUUUGAUUUGUAUUAGUUGGGUUAUUUAGCCCAUACGUGUAGUGCGUCUCUCGAAAAGAUCGUCUCUCACAAUAAUUUGUGUUUUUAAUUAUUUUUUUAAAUGCUUUAUUUGUUAUGUGAUUUUUUGAAUCUGUUUUAUUUACUUGAUAUUUUUUUUCCUAUUAGUUUCCUUGGCAGGGAACCAAAACUUAACUAACAGGUAGGUAGUGUGCCUAAUUCACUAGGAUCAAAGGAAGUAUAUAUCUUGUACAUUUAAAUUUUUAAAAUUUCAUUAUCAUAAAAAUGACAUGAUAUAUUUCUUGAAAUUUUACACUACAUAUUUUUAUUAUCAUUCUUUGAAAUCAACAACCAAACAAACUUUUAAAAUAUUUAAAUCAUUUUGAAACAAAGGCACACUGAUUUUGGAAAGAAUUAUCUUUUGCUAAAUAAAUUUUUAUACACUCGUAGGUU